CCCUAAAAGGAAAAGGAAAAAAAGAAAAAAAUAUUAAAAAAUGUUACAUGUAAGUAAAGAAAUAAUAUUUGAGAUAAAAAUUUACCCAUAUAAGGAGACAAUAAAAAAUUAAUAUUCAAAACCUGUAACUCCUUAUUUUUCUCUUAGACCAAGGAUUGGAUAUCCAAUCCUUCAAGUAACUCAUGGAUAUUGUCUGUGAUACCCCAAUAUUUAGUCUCACAUCGGAUAUUGAUUGACCUAUUAGAUAGAGACUAUAAGAUAAUACGGUAAUUACGAUUUCAUAAAUUUCAUUUGGGAGUUGAGGGGCACCCAUUUUUUUUUAGGUGGAAGUGGUCACCGUAACUUCAUUGUUUGGACCUUGUUUGAGCCUGAUAUCAUGUGUAGGAAACUUUGAGAUUCUCUUACAGAAUACCAUCUAUGGCUUUUAAAGCAGUAAUCUUACCAGAAAAAUUAUCGGCAUUUUCGAUCUUAGGUGAAGCAUGUUGACUUAAUGUUUGAUCUUUUACCUCAGAAACUAUCAGGAUCUUUAGGCAUCAUGGUCCCCCCUUGGCAUUACUGGGCAGUUUAUUUAGAUGUCCUCGCAUCAUCUCUUGUGUAACAUUUGCCUGAACAAGUGGCUCUUUUUUGAUAAACAGGAAAGGAUUGCACAGGUUUUCUGUUUGGCAAACAAUAGGGCCAGAUCCGGCCCUGUUUUCAUCGGCCAAAAUAUAGCCUCUAAACCGGUUUUCUUCUGGACUAGUCCCGACUCAUCAGUUUUGUAUGGUUUGCCAAACACGCCGUUAGUGAAGAUCAGGGCUGUCAUCAAUCUCAUUCCUGAGAGGCUGAUAUCCGCAUACAGAAUGUCAGGCUCGAUAACUGUUACUGAAUGUGAGGCUCAACUCAGCAAAUAUCAUCAUCCAUACUGACCAAUGAAAACCCAAUCCUCAGGAUACCCCCCUGCUUCUCUACCACACAAAGUCACCGGCCACAGAAACCCUCUAUCCCUUCUUCUAUAUAUCUCUGCACCCACCAUCAAAAGAGAAACAACCCCGAUCCCCCUCCUCCAUCAAAAAAUGGCCAGCCUUGCCUCUGCAGUCACA